AGGCGCCGGUGGCUCAGGGGAUACAGCCCGUUUGAGGUCUCAGGGAGAAUCGCCCUCGGUUGCUAUUCUGCGCGUUUCUCUCCAACGACUUUGUCCACUUUUCACCACUUUGCUUCGUCGCUAUGAGUUGCCUGGAUGUGAUGUACCACCAAACUUAUGGAGCGCACUACCUCCCCGCAGCUGCGUACAAGGCGACUUACUAUAACCACCACCACCAUCAGCAGCAACAACAACAGAGGAAGCUGAGUGUUUACAGUAAGAUGCAGGAGUGUAUGGAGCAGCAAGGAGAAGCAGGAGGAAUGCAGUCCAGGGACCACAAUCUCCAGCAUGGUCCGGGACACAGAUCAGCAUCCAAUUCAGAGCUGAAGGACGGUUCUCAACCUGCAGAAGCAGAGUACUUGAGCUCUCGGUGCAUUUUGUUCACGUACUUCCAAGGCAACAUUGGUGACGUGAUAGAUGAGCAUUUCUCCCGAGCUCUCAGUCAGUCCAGUGCCUUCAACAGCGAGACCAAGCCGAUCAGAGUGAGCCAGCAGUCUGCGUCAGCCUCUGCUGGUUCAUGGAAAGAUGGCAGUUCCCUCUCUCAGGGCCAGAGCGGUUCAGCUUGGAACAGCACAACCUAUCCACCACAAACCAGUGCUUGUCACCCUUCCGUCUCGCUCUCAGUCCACCCAGACUUUUCCCCCAGCCCAGUUUCCUUCAGUCACCCAGAUGGAGCUCUGUGGGCUGGCCACGUGCUUUCCCAGGCCAGCCUCCCACCUCCGGGUAACCUGCCAGAGAGCUGGACCUACAGCCUGAACACUCAGAGCACAAGUGGCUACCCCAAUGUCCACGAGGUUUACCAUCCUCACACCCAUGCCCAUAUCCACUCCCGGCACCACCACCCAAUGCUCCAUACAUACACAGCCCACAGCCCAGCAAUGGAUCCAAGGUUAAGUCCCUUGCUGCUACCUGGUGUAAGGACACAGAACCAGCCAGGUGCCAAUCCAGGGACAUCUCCACACCACGAGGGAGUGAAAACAGAGAUGGAUCUCAGGAGCAACAGUCCUUCAUCGGCGAGGUCUUUGACCUGGACCCCCUCUCCCAUACAUGGAUCUCUGGAGGCAUAUGACUCAGCUCUUGAUCAGACCAAAGCAAAGACAUCAGCAUGGUUCUAACUGAUGUUUGGAAAAAUGAAGACAAUGGAGAUGAAUCAGUUCACACCAAAAAGGAUCUAUUAUGUGGCUUUAUGGGCUGCAAUACCAGCACUGUAUUGUAUAUGUAGAUAUAGAAUGCUAACUGUAGCUUAGACUAUGAGUCCUGCACUGUCCACACAACUGACUGUGGAGAUGAACUCAGGCUUUGGACGUAACUGACAGUGUUCUAAUGCCUUGGCAGCAGGUCAAGGCUUUUGAAUGAAAAAUAAAUAAAUAAAAAAAUCAUAUUAUAGCUUUAAGGAUGGAGGUCGUCUUCUCUGUCAGCACAAAAACCUUCUUGAUGCGAUGUGAGACCAAGUGGCUCUGUUACAAGAGCUUCAUUUUGAUCCACGUUAUGUUUUGUAAAUGUCUGUUGAUGACUGUAAAACUUUUUUUUAUUAUUAUUAUUGUUAUUUCUGUGUACAAUUUUGCCGUGCUUAGUUGUUGUUUGCUGGAUGACUUAAUGCUUAUUUGUUGCCUGAAAGCUACUUUUGCUAUUUUGCUUCUGGCCCAAUGUGUAAUGUAAAUAUUGACUGUGUAUGAAAUAAAGUUGUUAAACUAA